GUUGCCGUAUUCACGCUUCCGAGGACAUUGAAUUAUGAAAAGACGAUUAAUACAGAAAGAAAUGUGAACGAAAUACCGGUGUUGUGUUAACUCUUCUAAAAUCAUGACUCUGUUAUUGGGCUGUCUGUUCUUGAAGGUUUUGGGCACUUGCUGAGGGCUCUGCAGAAUAAGCUGCUUCUGCGACUCUCUGCAUUUGUGAUUUGAUUGGCAUGGUUCCUGUGUGAAAGAGUUUACAGCCUUCACAUGAUGGAUCAAGAAAAGCGGGAUACGUUGUCCAAGCUUGUGGAGGAGUUGACUACCUCUGGAGAACCUCAGCUGAAUCAAGCAAAAAUGAAGGAAGUGAAGAAGAUUUGCAAGCUUUCUAAUGACUACGUUGAUCACUUGUAUCACCUCGUCAUGACCCAGCUAAAUCAGGACCAUGCUGAAGUUCGCUUUUCUGCCUUCCAAUUGGCUACAGAGCUUUUCGAUCGUUCUCAUCACUUCAGAACUCUCUUGGUAACAAACCUACAGGAAUUUCUAGAGCUAACGGUAGAGACAGAUGUUGAGCAGCCGUUGCCUCCCCCUAAAGAAGUGGCCAGAAAGCUGAAGACCCAAGCCAUACAGACUGUACAGGUCUGGCAGGCCACAUAUGGGGAAGCCUACAAGAAGCUGGCUUUGGGUUAUCACUUUCUGAAGCAAGUUAAAAAAGUAGACUUUCAGGAUGUUGAAGCAAGAACACUGGCUGAACGAAGGAGACAGGAGGAGAAACAGCAGCGACUGGAGAGGAUUUAUAAAGGAAAGCUUGAAAAGGCCAAGCAGGAGAUGGAAGAAAUGGCUAAUGAGAUUGAGGAAUCUUUGACUGAGAUGAACAACUGCAUGACCUUGAUCUUGCCAGACAGUCUCAAUUUUUUUAGCUCAGAGCUGACAGCAGUCAGAGAGAAGACCACUGAAGAUAGCAGUGAGCGUCAUCAGGACACAGAAGUCUGUGAUGAAAAGCCAUGCUGCAGCAAAGACCUUAACAAAGGGGGUGGAAGGAUAGCAGGGGCAACUAAUGCUGAAGAUGAAAUAGAAGACUCUAGUGGAGAGGGCGACAUAGAGGAGGGUGUGGAUAAAGACAUGUUUAUCCGCAGCUCUGGACUGAUGUCCCACACCUAUCGUCUUGAUCUGAAUCUGUCCUCAGAUCUGAGUGUGAAAGAGACCGAGGAGAACGAGGCAGUAGUGAACACUAUGAGAGAUCUGCACAGACUCAUCAGUAGUAAAUAUCUCCCUGCCACACAGUCCUGGAUUCAGGUUUUUACAAAAGUUGGUGUGGAUGAGCAGCUGAUGAGACGCGCCACUGACCUCAAAAAGUCUCUUGAGAAGGUUUUGAGGAAACAUGAUGAGCUUCAUAUAGACUACAAAGCAAGGCACAGAAGAGUGUUAAAGGCUGGAGAGGAGGAGGAUGAUGAUGAUGAUGAUGAUGAUGAUUUUGAAGAAGUGCCAGAGAAGGAGGGUUAUGAGCCACAUAUCCCUGAACAUCUGCGGGCCGAGUAUGGUCUUGAUUCAAUAUCUUCUGCAUCCACCUCUGUGCCUGAACUAAAGCCGACAAAGCCAGUGGAGAGACCUGCAACUCCACACCUGCCCUCAACUGUCAGCCGGCUUAAGAGCAGGCAAUAUGAAGAAGAGCAGGAUCCUACAUGUGCAGCUGCCACACUGCGUGUCCUAAAAGAGAAAGUGACCGCGGCAGUAUCUUCAAGUGUGUCUGGGGCCUCUGCCAAACCUACCACAAGCAGCAGUAAACAGGGGGAGGAGAAGGAGAAAGCUCCUGUCGUUUCAUUUGGUAUGGAUCUCUACUACUGGGGAGAGGAGCAAUCUACAGCUGGCAAGAUCAUCAAGAACACCUCUCAGCACCAAUUCUGGGUGCCCCACGAAGUGGAGGAGGAGGUUGUGAACAAAGAGCUGUCUGCACAGAUGAAGUCCAGAUGCAUUACCUUUGCUGGAAGUUUCCAAGCUGUGGAGCACAAGUGCAAAGCCCCGAUGCCCAAUGGCUCACUGUGUGAGCGGCAGGACAGAGUCAAGUGUCCAUUCCAUGGGUUAAUAAUUCCUCGGGAUGAGAUUGGGAGGCCAGUUAAUCCAGAAGAUGCAGCUCGUCUGGAAAAGGAAGAAUUUAAACGCAGAGAGGAGCAGCCAGACUGGCGAGAUCCAGAGCUCAUGAGGGAGAUUGAAGCAGCUACAGGCGAGGACCUGGGCUCUUCUAAAACAUACGGAAAGGGUAAAAAGGCUGGGAAAGGAAAGGGAAAGAAAAGGAAACAUCCCAACCUCACAGACCUGAAGCAAUCUGCCAAUACUUCUCGCUCAAGGCUAGAAAGGAAGGUUUUUAAUAAGAGCUCCAUGAGACGAAUAGCAGCGGUCAUGAACAAAAUGGACACAAGGAAGCAUGAGAAAUUUGCAAACCAGUUUAACUAUGCAUUAAAAUAAGAUUCAAUAAGUUAUUCUCCUGUCCUCUAAACUGAGAUCUGUUCUUCUGAAUGAAGUGUAAAAAUAAGCUAAUAUCCAUGGUUUAGUUUCUAAAAAUGUGAAAUGAAAUAAUAUUUAACAUUUCUUUGUAUUGUACUGUAAUAAAAUAAUUUAUGAUUUUGCAGAGCUGUUAAAUAUUUUACUGUAAAAUUUUGGUGGUGAUGUGAUCCACAAAUUUAUUGAAGGUAAACCUUUAAAACUACUUUUUUUUUAAAUGGCCAUGAUUUAAUUUGGGGUUCUAUGAUAUGAUAUUUUAUGGAAAUGUCUAAUAAGUUGGAAGGUUUUGCAGUACCUUUUUUAUUCAGUGAAUUGUGCAUUUUUUUAAUAAAUAUUUUUUCAUGUCAGUCUGUUUAUUUUAAACAAUUAAAUUUUAAACGACAACAAAGAAGCAAGGAUGUCUAAGGAUGUUUUAAGGAUAGUUUUCUCUUUUUCUAUUGUCGGGAGGUCGCUGCAAUUUUGGCUUCAGACAAACGUUUUAUUCCAAUUUUAUAAGAAACCUCGACUCAGUUUAUUGUGUAUAUAAACUGCAUUCAUAAUAAAAGUCCAAGUUUCAUUGUAGCUUAUUAAAGCUACUUGGGCUUCAUCCGCGAUUUGUAUUAAGUAAUAAAGUAAAUCUGCUUCUUUCAAAAAAGAAUUCAAAAAAGGCAAUCAAACAAAAAGUCUUAGGUGUCGACCUGCUCCGACAAAGUUCAUGCUUUUAAUAUGAAACACUGAAUUCCCACCAUGAUUUAAUCCUGUGUAACAAUUACAGCGCUGUAUCAGUGUAAAUAAAUUCGUGAAAAUCUUCCAAA